AAAGUUCUGACAGUUGUGUAUCUCCCGCUCUGCAGAUCUUUCAACUGGCAUUCAAUUUCAAAGCGCACCAUUUGACAGCCAUGCAAAUUAUUUAUUUGAUUCUUUUUUAUAUUUAUUUUUGGCAUGCGAACGUUCAGCUUAUACGUGAGACGAAUUUAAAACAAUCAGAAUUGCGGCGCAAAACAUAUUCUUUGACCAAAAUGUUCAUUUAAUUGGGCUCUGGACGGCUCUUAAACCGGCCACAAAAAAGAUUCCAGAAAUCUGUGGAACACAAAUUGAAAAUAAUUAAGUUUUUACUUUUAAAUUUUUCCCUUACCUCAUUCGCCGCUGAAAUUGUGGCAAAUGGCAGAAAUGAGAUAUUUUACAAAGAAUGCGAAGUGGCAGCUGCAGCACGAAGAAUGCCGGGGCCAGCAGCAAUUUCUUCAAUUGCAACAUUCUAGAAACUGUUGAUGUCCUGUCAAGGAUGUGCCAUCGACUGAGCUCAGGAUCACAAUAUGUACAGAAAAAUAGUGGAUGCUGCCGCCAAGGCCAGUCCAGUGCAACGUGCAGCGCCAUGGAAUUCAGAAGUGUGCCUAUUCUGCCAACCUAUGCAGAAUCCAGCCCGGAUAACAAGGAAACCUCUCUAUGUCCCUAUAAGAAGUUGAAAUCACCUGAUCCGGUCAUCAUACUGAUCACCUUGACCGUGCUAGUGGGCUCAUUUUGCCUGCUAAGUGGCUUUAUACUCCUCUGUGUGGUAUCCAAGGCGUGGCAGGAUGAUACAUCUGAGGCUAUUCUCUUAAUGGGCAUUGGCUUCUUCAUCACAUCAUUAUCCUGCGUCACUUGGAAAUUGACGAAGACGCAGCGCUUGACCCAAUUAAGGGAGACCAUUGCGAUUUAG